AGCAUCACAUCAUACGACAGCCUUAACUUCAGCUACAAGCACGUCUGUAGUUGCUUCAGACUAUCAUUAUUCAUCUCACUACCAACAAUACAUUUGGAUGGAUUUAGCAACAAGCAUUUGAAAUUGUUACCAUCUUUUUUCAAAUUGCUGCCAUCGGCAGAACUCAAUUCAAAGCAGUAAUAAGAACCUGCAAACGGGAUAUGCUAGAAUAAGAGACCUUCAAGCAAACUCACCUGAAACAACACUGUUCACAGACAACUGCAAAGCUUGAAAAUGCCAUUUUUUGGCUGGAUGAAAUCGUCAAAAACUGAUUCCUACAAAUCCGCAAGAUGUCCUGGAUCAGAAGUAGUUACAAAAACCCUGCUGAGGGAGUUGAAAUGGCACCUGAAAGAGCGUGAAAGGUUAGUGCAAGAGAUCGAAAAUGAACAAAAAGUCCAGAAAACUGGCACGGAUUACAACUGGCUCAAGAGCUACCAAAACCCUCAAGCAACAAUUCCAGCUACUGAGCAACGGCAGCUUGAAGUUCUGUGCUCUCAAAUCCAGCCUUGCCAAACAGGAACUGUUCUCAGCAGAUUUCGGGAAGUUCUGGCAGAAAAUGAUGUUUUACCGUGGGAAAUAGUCUACAUAUUCAAGCAAGUUUUAAAAGAUUUUCUUACCACCAUUGAGAGAGAAAACCAAGCAGAGCAGCUGGUAGAUGCAUGGAAUACAAAUUGCCCUGAACAUUUUAGUCUGCGUGGUGACAGCUCCAGCAAGUCGGACAAAGAUGAAAUCCCCACGGUUUCAAGUUAUGUCGACAAGAACACACAAAGCAUGUUUCCCACCUUCUCUCACAGAAUCUGGAAUCUACCCUAUUACUACCCAUCAAGUUAAAUUGGUUUGUGUUACUUUCAAAAAGUUAUGUAGUUAUCCACAUUCCUUUCCUGUAAUUGCCAUCCAGACACACAAGAGUAAGAAAUGUGACAUGCUCCCCUUUUUACUCCAAGUUUAGAAAUUAAAAUCCUUUGUAAUAGCUAGUAUGCAGUAACUUAGGUAUCAACUCACCUUUUAUCUUUAUAGUUUGUUAGAGCUCUUGUGUUUGAAGACAUCUUUUAAUCAAAAACGUAGAUGCUUCUGAAAAAAAUUCUGAGGCAGUUUAAUUUUCAGCCAUAUAGAGCUAGAAGUAUUUAAACAACAAAAAAAAAGAUUGCUUUGUAUAUUUUGAAACAGCAUCAAUCCACAGAGUGUUAGACAAAAACUUCUGUGUUUAUCACAUAGCUUUUAGGCUCUAUGGGAACUUUAUACUGUGUAAAAUAAAUGGUUUAAUAUAACACCAGCUAAAUAAACUGGUAAAUACUUUUGGAGCUUAAUAAUUAUUUCUUAACUUCAAGAAUAAUUGCAUGAAAAUACUGACAGGACUUGGAUGCAUGUACUAUUUCUAUGUUUUUCUCUAAACUAUACUCUGCACAUGCUGAAGUAGGUGAAGGUGGACAGCUAAAUGAAAUCACUAGAUAUUUAACAGCAUUUAACAACUAGCUUUCUAUUCUUUAAAAAAUAUUGAAUUAUUUAAUUUUAAAUAGCUGUUUUUCAUUUGACUUACUUGUUCUGAAACUCAAAUUCGGCAUUAAACCUUUAACAUUUUGAUCAAAUCAGAUGGUACCUCUCUAGAAUAGCCAAGGAGUCAACAGAUCAUUUCCAGCACACACGGUGUUCAUUCUAAAUUUACACACAACAAAACCUAAUGUUUCUCAGCCACCCUGAUCUAUCACUGUGGGUUGACAAAGUUUUACAAGAUUAAUCACAUACAUAGCAGUCACGGUCACAGCAGGCAAUUAGAGCAGAAAAUCAAUGAAAACAUAUGCCAGAACUCAGUUGGCCACAUUUCCAAUUGUGCUUCCAUCACUGUAACAAGUUUUUACAUGUUUCAUAUAAUGCCAUCUUCUCUGUAUUUGCUUUUAUCUGUCUGCUGGAUCAGAAAAAAAAUGUGCAAGACUCAUAUGGCCCAAUUCACAGAAUACACUAUUUCAUAAACAAAACUGCUUCCCCUGGUAUUUUCUUCAAACAAACUGAAGAAGCCAAUCAGAUUUCAUCAAGUUGGUAACACAGCUUUAAGGCAUCUUAUGCUCCACAGCUGUAUCCCCCAUUCCAGAAAAAAAUUUACUAAUAAUGCAACACAAAUUGGAGGAACAAAUGGCACAAUAAUUUACUAAACACUUUUAAAUCUUUCUAAAAAUGGUUUUAAAAAGCCUUUGAAAAGCUUAUGAUAUAGAGAGCACUUCAUGUAGAAAAAAUAAAGCAUAAUAUUCACAGAAGAUAAAUCAGUGAGAACUCCUAUACCCGCAUAAAGGACAAAGCACAGGAGGACUAGAGCAAAAAACUUCCAACAGGUUUAAAAUAAUAAAAGCUGUAGCUCAAUACCAAAAGU